GACUAACUCGAUCCGGAUUAUUAUAAUACAAAUAUCGAUUGCUUUGGAUUGGAUGGAGUCCGGAUAGUAAAGCACACUUGUCCUUCAUCAGACUUCUUUUUGUGUGUUGAGUCUUGAUAUUCUCCAAGAUGACAGCAGAAAGAGACCAGUCUGUGCUGGCAAGCAGUGCUCGGUCAGCAUCUUACAACAUGGUACUUCAGGUGAUGUUCCGUGUUGUCACAUUCAUGCUGAAUGCCUUCAUCAUCAAGUAUGGCUAUGUGCAUGAGGAUAUGUUAGGAGUCGUCAAUGUUAGAUUGAUGCUUCUAUACUCCACCAUACUUUUUAUAGCUAGAGAGGCAUUCCGCAGAGCUUGUCUUAGUCAGAGUAGUAAACACUACUGGCCACAAGUUAUCAACCUUCUUUGGUGCUCGUUUCCACUUGGUGUAGUAUGUGCCACCGUGUUAAGUUAUGUCUGGAUAGCCUUAUUGUCUCACCCAGACCCUGAGAUUGUUCCACAUUACAAUACUUCUGUCCUGGUCUUUGCCUUCUCAGCUGUGAUUGAACUUGUAGCUGAACCUUUCUGGGUGGUUGGCCAGGCCAUGCUUUUUGUUCGUCUCAAGGUUGUGAUUGAAGGGAUUGCUAUAGCUUUCCGAUGUUCAUUGACUGUCUUUCUACUUCUUAUUAACCCUCAUAUUGGUGUCACUGCUUUUUGUGUUGCUCAGAUUGUGUACAGCUAUGUCUGUGUAUUCCUAUACUUCCUGUACUUCUCCAACUAUGCCACAUUCCUUUCCAAGAAAGAUGAUACAUUUCCAAUGAAAGAAGCCAGAGAUUUCUUUCCCCGCCAUCUUCCAGACAAGCCUUGGACGAGUCCAGAGUUGGCCAGAUUGACUUGGAGUUUCUUCAAGCAAGGAUUCCUAAAGCAGCUUUUAACUGAAGGUGAACGCUAUGUGAUGACCCUAUUGAAUGUGCUGAGUUUCAGUGAUCAAGGAAUCUAUGAUGCAGUAAACAAUCUGGGUGCAUUAGCUGCUAGGUUCAUCUUCUUGCCCAUAGAAGAGAGUGGUUACCUCUUCUUUGCACAAACACUGAAGAGGGGCCAGGGCUUCAAGCAACAAGAUAAGGAUUCUAUUCAGUUAGCCUCCAAAGUGUUACAGAGUCUGCUAAAGUUUGUUGUUCUUAUUGGAUCCAUCGUCCUCAUCUUUGGUUAUGCCUAUUCCUACCUCCUUCUAGACCUAUAUGCUGGUCCUGUUUUAAGUUCCCCACCAGGUCCCAAGCUCCUACGUUGGUUCUGCGUCUAUGUUCUACUGAUUGCUAUUAAUGGGACCACCGAGUGUUUUGUGUUUGCUGCUAUGAGUCAACAUGAUGUAGACAGAUAUAAUACCAAGAUGCUUGGGUUUUCACUCGUCUUUCUUUCAUCUUCAUGGUACCUUACCAAAACUAUUGGUAGUGUAGGCUUCAUCUUAGCUAACUGUCUCAACAUGUUGGCAAGAAUUAUACACAGUAUAUAUUUCAUUGCUAAAUUCUACUCUGGGAGUCCAUUCAAGCCCCUGAAAGGCUUGAUACCAUCAGUGUAUGUUCUAAUCACGCUAGCAUUUUCCUGGCUAAUCACAACCAUGUCAGAACUGAAGUAUAAGCAGACGACAUGGUCGCAUCGAUUCACCCAUAUAGGCAUUGGUGGUGCCUGCCUCCUAGGUGUCUUGAUAGUCAUCAUCUUCACAGAAACCCAACUUAUCUCCUUCAUCAGGGAGCAAUGGAAAGAGAGAAGGAAAGCUAUAGAAGUGAGGAGAUCAAGACCUAAAGAAGAGGAGGCGAAGGAGCAAGAUAGAUAUGAAGAUGAAACUAUACCUGGAAAGGAGAAGGUACAGUGAGUGCAGCUAGGACUCUUUAAAGUUGUGAAAUUGGUCAGAGAAUAGAGAUGGAAUGCUCAGAGAGAGACCAAAGAAACUGACAGAAUGACAUAGGAAAAAGAAGAGAGGACAAACAACAUGAUUGACUAUAAAUUAUAAGUGGAAGGUACAAUAAGCGUGGUUGAGAAGUCUGGAAUUUAUGAAAAUGGAAGCAUGUGAAAGGAAUGCUCAACACAAUUCCACUGUGGAAGAAAAGAGUGAAGAAAGAAAAGGUGAAGAUAGACUCUGAUGAGAGGAAGGUAUAAUGAAUGAAGCAACUAAUAUGAGAAAUCUAAGAACCAAAACAAAAUUGAAAUCCACUGGAUCACCUGCCUAAUCUAUAAUCAAAUUUUGUUAAAUACAACACAUAUAAACCUAGUAAUUUGUAUGUUUUUCCUCACUUUUUAAGAAUUGCAAGGAUAUUGCUUGUGGUGAUGGGAUGACAAUUUUGGGUGAAAGAACAAGUUUUUAGGAAUUUUUUUAAAUUGCAUUACAGUUUGUGUAAUUGUCCUUUCUUACUGGAAUAAUUCUUAAAAGAAAUUGUGAAAUAAUGUAAUCAUGAUGAUCAAGAGUAUUAUUGAUACGGCGUGUUUCAUAUUUUGAUAAUCAUAAUCUUCUCUUCUGGAAUGACUUGUUCUCAUCUGCAUUCCAUUUUGAUACACACAAUAUUUAUAAUACAGAAGAGAAAACAAAUCUAAAAUAAAGACAAUGACCUCAUGACUUGUAGAUAUUUGGCUUUCGGCUUCAUAUUUCUAACUUAUAUAACUUGCUCAUUUUAAUCGAUAUGAGCCCUGUACUUUGUGUUUGGGUAUUUGUUGAGUCUUCUAUGGACUGAUUCAAUCUUCUUUCUGAUGAUUUGUAGUUGUUAGAUAUUCAGGCCCGUGUUCUGAAGUCAGGGUUAACUUAGACCAUGGUCUAAGUCUGUGCUGAAAUUAUGGGAGACAAAAUUUCUAACAUUCUUUUUAUACUGUAUAUUUCUUAUGUUUGCUAUUUUGUUUCCUUUUGCUUUCAUAAUGUAGAAAAAUACUCCAAAAUACUUCAGUUAUCAUUCCCAGACCAUUGGGUGUCAUAUGAGUUAUAAAUUGGAUGUGUACUGUUAGGGAUUUGUGCCCCAAUUGGCUCUCCAUAGUCAAUCCACAACUUUAAACCAGGGUUUAAUUUAAACUUAGAGUUCAGAAUACGGGCCUCAGUAUUUAAUCAAUUUUGUCAAAUAUCUAUUUCUAUUGCUUUUGUAAUACUUUCUGUUCAGGGUGUUCAUGGGUUUCUAAUUUUUUUGUUAUAUCAGAUAUCUGUCAGAUUUUUGUUACAAGUUUUUAUAGUUCUGCAGUCAAUAUUUAUUCAGACUUUAAAACCAAAUCCAGGGGUAAGCAUUUUUGAGAAAUGAAAAUUACAUUGUGCCAAUUUUUAAAGAAGUUGUUAACCCAAACCUUUUUUGUUUAAUGAUUUAAUGUCCCAGCUAAUUAUUGUUGUUCAAUUCUGCUGCCAAGCCCUGUCUAACUAAGCAUUUAGUCGUUAUGUAAAUAUAAACUUUACAAUCAGAUAGUGAGAUACUAUUCUUGAAGUUAAGAUUUACAGAUAACAACUUUGUAUUUUUUGUUCUAGAAAUAUUUUGCAGAAGUUCAUUGUUCCAGAUACUAUGUUGAACUAUCUGAAUACUGGCAUCUAUCCAAAUCUUACACAUACCACCAAAAUGUUGCUACUUGUUCCUAUUGAAUCAUAGUUAUGCAAAUAAAUUAUGGUAGGUUUAUAUUAACUUCCUAAUGCUUGCCACAGCCUUAUAUUCUCUGAAAGAACAAAGUACAUGAGCAGAGACAUGCUCAAGUUUAUUUUGUUUGUUUUUUUAUCAUUAAGAGUGUUUGGAGCUCAAUGCUCUGUGCAAAGGUUGUUUUUAUUCUUUGUAUUUUUAUUCUAACUUUAUUAACAUGCAUUUAAUGCAUUAUCAAAGUUUGUUAAUUCUCAAAGUACUUACAUUAACAUAUUAAUCUUUUGUGUGGAAACUUUUAAAAUAUUACCAAUGUGCCUUCUUUACAUAAAUUAUUCUAGAUGAUGAAGUAAAUUCUUGUAGUAGAAUAUAUAAAAGCAUUUCAACUCAUAGAUUCUACAUCAGAUAAAACAUUACAGAGUUUAUUCCCAUGUACGUUCAUUAUUUAUUAUUUUCUCUCACUAAGUUUUUGUUAUCAAAGACCAUGAGUGUUUGCAUUUAUUCGAUUUUACCUGUAUUAUUUUGAAAGCUUCAAAUUUGACUCUUUAUACUCUUUUGCCUUAAUGUUUAUUUUAUGCAAAAAAUAUUUGUUAAUGUAAACUAAAGGCAUCUUUUAAGUUCAGCUACUAACUUGGGUUGCAAUGUGUUCUGUGAUGUUUUGCUAAAUCAGUGUAAUAUGAAUAACAUUUCAAAAUGAAACCAAUGUAGUUCAGAAUAGAGCAUUUCUAUGAAAGACAUGAUGACUAUUAUUAAUGCCAUGAUGAAAAGUUCAGGUGUUCAUGUUUAUGUAUGUGUCAAAGAUUUUUCAUCUCAUUUCAAUUAAUGUUGGCUGUUUAUAUCAAUAUUUACUUUACACAUCCAAACAAAGAAUGAAAAGGGAUUCAAAAUUGGAAGUGUAUACAGACAGCAAAAAAUACAAAUGUUUUAUUUAUUGUCAGCAAUUAUUUUGGUGAUUUGUUCUUCUAUUCCUCUUAUUGUUUGGCUUAAAAUGUGAUGAAAAUUAAAGGAUGAAUGUCAUAUUUUGUUAUGUUACUCUUUGAAGAGGAUGUUUUUAAAUCGAUGAAAAACUCAGAAUUCCUGUCUUGCAUUGUUAAAAAAUAGUUUGUCUGAAAUGUUUAGAUUUGACUUUGUAAAGCUUUGAAAGCUUGCUUUUUUUUUCUUUAUUUAGUCACCAAGGAGUGGUGGCUAGAAAUGGACUUCUAUUUUUCUACAUCCAAAAUGUGCUGAUUAAAAUAUUGCACCAGAUAAAUGUUAUUGUGCAAGUGCCUUUCUCUUUCUCUCACCCUAUCAGCCCCCACCCCCCCCCCCAAAAAAAAAAAGAAGCAAAGACGAUAACUAGCUUUAAUUCCAGUGGGGGAGUGUUUGGCUGGGUGGUCUGUUUUUUUUUUGUGUGUGUAUUUGUGGGUUUUUUUUCAAGUGUAAGGAAUUGUACAAUUGUCCUUUGAGACAAUAACCCAAGGAUUUUGAACAAACUUCACGAUUUCACAGUGUUGAAUAAG